CGUAUGGUAUGACAGAGUUGAUUCUAAAUCAACAAACCCUCUACGAACUGCAUCAAGAUAUAGAUUUUGAAUGGUAUUACAUUGACUGUCUGCGUUUACUUGAGGUAGUUAUGAUUGACAUCAAGUCUACAAAUUUGGGAGAUACAUAUUUUAAAUGUUUUGUCAAUGAUGUUCCUGGGAAUUUUGAGGACUCUUCGGUUUGUAACACAGAAACUACCACUCUUCCUGGAAAAGUAUACCUAAGGAGAACACGAGGUCGCUUUUUUACAUUUGGAUUGAAGGCAGACAUAACAGGAAACAUGUCAUUUCAGGUGUACAUAUCGAGUAUAGAAGCACAAAAUGGUGAGCCAUGUUUUGAAAGUAUUGAAAUAGACGACAAACAGGUACCAAACACUCAGAUCACUGUUUCUUCUGGAACCACAGAACAAAUAUCUACAAAUACAAACACUAUUUUUACUGGUUGGAUUCAUGAUGCUACAGAUCUGAGACCUUGGAUUUUGGUGGAUUUAAUUGAUGUUACAACAAUAGAAGGAGUUGGUGUUUACGUUUCGAAAGACUGUGACAUGUGGACCACUUUCAGUUUUUAUUUCGGCAACAAUAAGGAUACAUUACAGGCAUACAAAGACAUGGAAUUUAGAAUAUUCCCACCUGAAAACUUUUGGAAAAGAAAUCAAGUGUUCAUUCUGCCGAGACCAAUCAAUGGAAGAUACGCAAAGUUCAAACAUUCAUUUGAAAAGCCAACAAGCAAAUCAAGAUGUUUAAAUUUCAAGUUGUUUGGCUGUAAACUGACACGUAUAACUGACAUCAGCAGCAUCGAAUCAUCUGAAAUGCUACCUCUCGAAUAUGAAUUGUUAUCUGGAGAUUCAACUGUCUUGAAUACGAAUCUUACAAGAUGUAUCGAACUUUGUAGUAUUCAGAAAAGUUGUAGUGUUGCCAGUUUUAAAACUUUGUCUUACAAAACUAUAGAAGAGGAUAACGAACAUCAUGGACCAAAUGGAUCAAUCGAACCAGUCGGAAUGUGUAAUCACUACAUGUAUAGUCCUUUUGGAUUAUGGAAAAGUAAGAAGAUUACCGAUGAUGGACAAUGUUUCGCCAAACUACAAAACAUUGGAAUAAUGAUGUCGUUCCCGAGAGCUAAACGCAAAGAUGGAUUGUUCUUUGGUCACGUACAAUACGUAGAAAAAGACUCCAUUAUUACGUCCUUAAGUUACCCAUUCAGGACAAUUUUGGACAGUGAUCUACAGUGGAUUGUAAACUUCAAACCAAAUCAAUUUGCCAAAUUGGUUUUCACAAACGUCUCUUUAUCAGAGUGUGCACUCGUUGUUAAAACAUCGCACAUUGACAACAAAGAAUUUAUCAUUGGUGACGAUUUCAACAACGAAAUAUUCGUUAUAGAAACAAACAAAAGCUUGCUAUUUUUAACAACCAUUCUGAAAACAGUAUGGCCGCCAGUAAUAAAAUACCGGGCAAUCAUUACUGCUGAAGAAACCCCAGCCUGUCUUUCAAUCGAUUCACUUAGCCAAUCUAGAAGAACUAAAAGACGAAAGGAAAUUUGCACUGAGCCAACCAUGAUCCUUACGUCUCUUUCGGCUUUGAAUCUGUGUCAGCAUUGUGAAGAAGUGUUCACAAUUCAAGCCGGAAAACAUCAAAGCAUUGAUCUAACCUUCAUAUCUAUUGAACCAACUUGUGCAUAUUUUGAUUAUUCUCAUAUAAAAUAG